CUUCCAAGAGACAACAACAUGGGUAAACUAACACUUUAUGGCAUCGAUGGCAGCCCACCAGUGCGAUCUGUUUUGCUGACUUUGAACGCGCUGAAUCUGCCCUUUGACUAUAAGGUUGUCAAUCUGUUUGCCAAAGAACAGAUGACACCGGAAUUUCUGAAGAUGAAUCCACAACACACUGUUCCCACUUUGGACGAUGAUGGGUUCUAUGUGUGGGACUCGCAUGCCAUCAACGCCUAUUUGGUCAGCAAGUAUGGCAAAACAGACACCCUCUAUCCGAAAGAUCUGCAGGAACGAGCAGUCGUCGAUCAGCGCCUCCAUUACGAUUCCAGCACCAUUGGUUCGACAAUGCGUGCCAUCACCUUUCCCCUGAUCCGACAGAAUGUCACGGAAAUCCCAAAGGCUCGUAUCGAUGCUGUUGCCGAGGUCUAUGCUACGCUCGAAAUGUUUCUGAAGAACCAAGACUAUAUGGCUGGCAAGAAUCUAACAAUUGCCGACUUCCACAUCAUUGCUGUGGUUACCUCCCUAACCGCUUUCAUCGACAUCGAUGCCGGCACAUUUCCCAAAUUCGCGGCUUGGCUGGAGCGCAUGAAGAAACUGCCGUACUAUGAGGAGGCCAAUGGCAAACGCUUGAAGAUGUUCAUCGAUAUGGUCAAGUCAAAGAAUUUUACCAUUGUUUAAGAGUUUACAGUAAACAUAAACUACAUAUAAUAUACAUACAUAUAUAGGCGCCUAUGUACAUUUAAUUUGUUAUGCGAUAAUAAAGUUCUUAAUAGCAAUGA